GGAGCGCGCAGUGGCAGUCGGUCGGUGAGAGAGCUUGACGGAGCCGCCGCGCCAGCGCAGAGAGGCACGGAUCCGCAGAGCUUGGACAUCAUCUGGGAGGGAAGAAAAUACAUAAAGUCAAAUAAAGCAAAUACGAAACGAGCAGCGUCUCGGCGACCAAACUGAAAAGGAGAGGUUGCUUUCAUGCACACACUUAAAAUGAAAGGCUUACCUGGUGAUACAUUGGAUUUGGAGUCUUAUUUUACACCGCUUCGACUUUGACACAGAGUUGCGCAGGCACAAGUCUCAAGGAGUUUGUUUCUUCAAGGAAUUUCAGGCACCCUGAAUUAUACUCAAGUUGGACAUCCAGGAAUCAGUCAGGGAGUAAGCUGAACUACCUACCUAUUGCUCUGUCUGGGAAAAAAAGACGCAAAAGCACCACUACCACCAUGGAUGAGGAGCAGUGCUACUACAACGAGACCAUCGCCUUCUUCUACAACCGCAGUGGUAAAUACCUUGCUACUGACUGGAACACCGUCAGCAGACUAGUCAUGGGCCUGGGCAUCACCGUGUGCAUCUUCAUCAUGCUCGCCAACCUUCUGGUGAUGAUCGCCAUCUACGUGAACAGGAGAUUCCACUUCCCCAUCUACUACCUGAUGGCCAACUUGGCUGCUGCUGACUUCUUUGCCGGACUGGCAUACUUCUACUUAAUGUUUAACACGGGACCCAACACGAGGCGGCUGACUGUUUCCACAUGGCUGCUGCGCCAAGGCCUGAUUGAUACUAGCCUGACGGCGUCUGUGGCCAACCUGCUGGCCAUCGCCAUUGAACGCCACAUCACUGUAUUCCGAAUGCAGCUACAUACACGCAUGAGCAACCGCCGUGUGGUGGUUGUGAUUGUUAUUAUCUGGACCAUGUCUAUAAUUAUGGGAGCCAUUCCCAGUGUGGGUUGGAACUGUAUCUGUAGCAUUAAGUCCUGCUCCAACAUGGCACCACUUUACAGCAACUCCUACCUGGUCUUUUGGGCAGUUUUUAACCUGGUGACUUUUGUUGUCAUGGUGACACUGUAUGCCCACAUCUUUGUCUAUGUGCGCCAGAGGACCAUGAGGAUGUCGAGACAUAGUUCUGGACCACGACGCAACCGGGAUACCAUGAUGUCUCUGCUGAAAACCGUGGUGAUUGUGUUAGGUGCCUUCAUCAUCUGCUGGACCCCGGGCCUCGUCAUCCUCCUUCUUGACGUCUUCUGUGCGAGCUGCAACGUCCUGACCUACGAAAAGUUCUUCCUCCUCCUCGCCGAGUUCAACUCAGCCAUGAACCCCAUCAUCUACUCCUACCGCGAUAAGGAAAUGAGUGCCACCUUCAGGCAAAUCCUCUGCUGCCAGCGACAAGAGAACGUCAACGGCACUGCGGCGGAGGGCUCCGACAGGUCGGCGUCAUCCAUCAACCACACUGUGCUGAGCGGCGGAAUGCAUCACCAUCACCAUAACGAACACUCAGUGGUAUAAAAGGAGGAUGGAGGGCACAGUGAUGCAGGAUGGAGAAGUUAAAUAGUGUUAAGAGAAGGUCAAAAUGGACUGUGAACAUUAAAUGAACUUAACCCACAUGUGAGGCUUUAGAUGAAGUGAACAGGAGAAUCACAGUGAAGAAGAAGAUGCAACAAUGAAGAAGAUUAAAAAAAAAACACUAUUGUUGGAAAGGAGUCUAACUGUCAAGGACUCUGACAGGCUGUUAGUAUUUUUGUUUUAGCUGUUUAUUAUUUUGUGUUAAAUGUGUUGUUACUGGCUUUUAUGAACUAUUUAAAGGUAAUCUGUGAAGUAAAGGUAAUGCCAGUAGAACCCAUCUUCUGUCUCCAACGUACCCUUUAGUAACGGGUUCAUUUCAGGUCCAUAUUUGUAAAUGUUUAUCUAGAACAUCAUAUAUACAUGACAACAGUUUCAGCAUUUCAUUAUCAUUUGAAAUCAGCAUCUUUUAGGAUACACUUCUUUACAAGUGCAUGUAACUUCAAGUCCUUAUUUUAACGUCAGGGCUGAGAGAGGUGCUUCUGUCCUAAAUCCUCAUCGAUCGCACUGGUCAACAACCGGAUUUUGCUCUGAGGAAAAACACCUGAUUUUUACAUGAACUGUGCACGAUGGAUUUUGAGUUGUGGAGUUAUGCAUAAGUCAAGCUGGGUUUACAUUAAGUCAAACACUAGACUAGACCAGUACACCGGAGUUUACCAUGAGGUUGAUGUACUUGACUCAGCAGACACUCCCAUGUAGUGACUCCAGUCCAUCUGGUGGCAGUAUUGCACCUCUAGGCUUGUUUGACAAUACUAGAUGAUGCCGGUCAGCAAUGAUGGAUGUGAGGAUUUUGAGUUACUCAAAGGCUUUCAAAGCCUGCUGGAAACAUUUGGUGCAGUCCUAAGUGAUGCCAAUAUGACACUGGGAAUUUUCACUGGACCUGAGUUUGGAGAACUCAGUAGUCGUCACAUUCCCCUCAAAGUUCAGCCCCAGAAUUAACAGCCUGAGAUUUAUUCGUACAAGUGGCGCAAUUUUUCGUUUUGUGGUCAACCAUAGAGCUCCAAAGUACGAACAACUAGUUGAAAAUGUGCCAGAAGCACAUGAAUAGAUGGGUUGCACAGUGUCGCUCAAAAUUCAUUUCCUCCACUUACACGUUUAUUUUCGAUAAUGAGUAAUUUGAUAUAGAUAUUUCUGAAAUGUAACCCAGAUACCAACGGUCUUCAACCCAAACAUGGGGGUGAUUAUUGUUGCAGCAGGAAACUGUCAAAGAAGAGAAAACAAGAAACAUUUUAGAUCCAAGCUAAUGUGUUCUGAUGCAGAGGUUUAUUCUUCAGUGGUCUAGAUGUUCACAUCUAUUAGUAAAUGUGACUAAUGUAGUACAUGUUAUCUUUGGAUUAUGAAUACACAAUUAAAAGUACAAGUUUGUUCUUUUACAUAUUCCCAUAACUCAAAAUCUUGGCGUGGUGGAGAAAUUCUGAUUCCAGAUUUAGAAUCAGAAUGACUGAUUUAGUCAACAUCAGUUGUUUUUCCUCCAGUAGCAGAUUAAAUUUGUUGUUGUUGUCUAGUUGAUCACUUUUUACCACUUACUUUGUGAUUAUUGAAAAAAAAAAAAAAAAAUCACCUUCUCUUUUGUAUACAGAACAACCCAGUGUCAUUACGUGGGCAUUUCCAUGCUCAAAACAGUACAUGAUGUUUAUUUUACAUGUUCAGCUCUAACAUGCCUUAGAUGACCUAAUGCAAACCAAGUGCUUGAUGAUAGUAUUUGCACCACUUCCAAAUGUCAUCCUAAAACUGCAGCUAUGAAAACCUGUUUUUUUUUUUUUUUUUACACUAUGUUUGACAUGGACCGUACUAAAAAUAUUAUUGUACUGUCACUGUCAGUACUUUGAGCUUUAGUAUCUUAAUCUUUUGAUGACAAGUGGCCUUAGAACCUCAAUCCACUGCUGACUAAAGAUAACUCAAAAUGUCUUCAUCAGCUUCUUCCUUUCAUCUAAACUAAAUACACAAAGGAUCCAACAAAAUCCAGUGUUGUUUAAUCCCCCAGAGGAAUUAAAGACAAGCUGUUCUGGAACUC